AUGGACGAGCAAAGCAGCCAUGGCCCUCCGACCAAAGGCCCCAACCUGUCGUGCUUCGGGUGCCGGAAUAAAAAGUCGAGAUGCGACCGCGCCUGGCCUCGCUGCGGCCGUUGUCUCCGGCUGGGCGAACUGUGCGUAUUUCCCGCCUCGAGACAGAGCCAGGUCGGCAAGCGAAAAAAGGUUCGGGAUCUUGAGGCCAAGGUCGACCAGCUUGAAGGCCAACUCAAAAGCCUGAAGAGCGCCGAGGCACAACAAUCACAACAGUGCCAGCCUGGGGGCGAUGCAGCCUUGCCCGAGCGGGCCGAGCUGGCCCGGCCCAUGCCAGAUACGAAUCAACCCCCACCAUUUGGACUAGAACUAGACUUGGGUGUUGAUAGCAAUUCUCUCGAACCGAGGCCGCAUGUCGGCGGGUCUGACUCGCUUGCAAACGAGGUUAUCGGCUUGGGACUGUUUGAACAGCUCCCUUCUGCUCAGCUCAUUCGAGAACUGACAGAUAUCUACUUUGAUCGGCUUCACUACGCUACACCAAUGCUACACCGAUCUCGCUACACGGCAUCGCUAUACCUGCCGCCUCACAUGCGUCCACCCAUGUGUCUCCAGUAUGCCGUCAUGGCCUUAGCGACCACUACCGAUGACACCCAUCGCCAUCUAACUACUCCAUUUUAUCUGCGUGCUAGGGCGUAUGCCGAGGCAGACGAGAUGAGGGGCCGUGGCGAACAUGUAACGCUGGCUCACGCUCAGUGCUGGAAUCUCGUAGCCAAUUUCGAAGCCCAGCAUCUCAAUUUCCCUCGAUCCUCAACAAGCCUAUCCCUCAGUAUCCGGAUCGCCCAAAUGCUAAACUUGCACCGAAUCGACAACAAGGGCCAACCGACACGUCAGACUAUCAUGCCGGCCAAGGACUGGUCCGAGUUGGAAGAGAGACGCCGGACAUGGUGGGUGUUGUUUUGUGCGGAUCGCCUGGCUUCGGGAGUCACGGGAUGGCCGGUACUGAUCAACGAAAGAGACGUAGGCGGUAUCUUCACUUUGCUCCCGGCCUCUGAGGAGGCCUUCAUGAACAAUCUAGAGGAGCGGACAAGCUCGUUGACAAGCUCGUUGCGCCAGCAGGACCCCGAGUAUUCUUCACUUGCUGGAAGAGUGUUGGCCUCGUGCCUGUUCCAUCGCACCCUCGAGCUUACUUCUGAGAGCUUCACACAGGAAGCUUCACAAGACAUCCAGGCCAGCCCAUACUGGAAACGCCAAACGGCAAUUGACAACGAUCUUGUCACCAUGCUCAUGUUCUUGCCAUCAAGUCUACAGCUUCCCAGAAAUGUCCGGUCCUUAAAUGCCGUCUUCGUCAACGUCAUCGCUCAUACCGCCGUCAUAUGCCUCCACAGAGCAGGUUUAGGGAAAUCACGGGCUGGCCACUUGAAGCUACCAGACUAUGCUAUUCGCCAAAGCCAAGACCGUCUUCUACCUGCGGCCGAAGAGGUGCUCAACAUUGUACGCAUGAUUACCGACAUCAGGGUGGCGUUCAAAAACCCACUGAUGGUCUUCUCGGUUUACAUGGCCGCUCUUGUUUUCUUGGACGACUUUGCGACCGAGCACGGCUCUCAGAGUGAAAGUAAUCUGGAAUUCCUGCUCAAAAUUAUGGCUACUUUGGGCACCACCAACCCAAUUACGAGGUCUUUGGCGAUUCAGCUUGCCAUGGAUAUGGAGAAGAGCGGCUUUGACUCUUCCGUCAUGGAGAGGGUAUAUAUAUCCACUCCCAGCCUCUGA